AAAUUACAAACAAGCAGUAACUGCCAUAGCAAUGACCUCGAAGGAUGACUUGCAAAUUGAGACAGUCAAGGCCAACUUACGAACCUACAGCUUGACUUUGACUGAAGUUAAGGACGAGAAGACAACUGAGGAUCCAUCAGCAUCAACAUCAGCCAUGUUUGUAUCAGGUCAAGGUGAUAAUUUCAAAUUCAAUCAUGGAAACUAUCAAUACUAUCGUGGUCAGAAACGAGGAAAUCAAAGAGGAAGAGGAAAUCGUGGUACAUCAUUUCAUGGUGCAGCAUUUCGUGGUCAAGGAUUCCGUGGUCAAGGAUUUCGUGGUCAAGGAUCUCGUGGUCAAGGGUUCCGUGGUCAAAAUUUCAAGGCGAAAUACAGAGUUCAUACUCCAAAUUCUAACAAUUCCAACAAUGCAAUGUUUUGCACAUAUUGUAAUCGGUUCAAUCACCUUGAGAAAGAUUGUCGUUAUAAAGCAAGAGAUCAAAAAUCUCCCAAAAAUUCCACCAAUCCAUCUAAUCAAGUGAAUAUGGCUGGUGAAGAAGAUUCGUUUGGUUUUGUCGGAUUAACUAUAUCAGGUUGAUUACCAAGUGCGGAGGAGUGUUGAAAUCUACUGAAUGAUUAUUGGUCACUUGGCAAUCUUAAGCCACUCCUCCAGACAUCGAUGAUAUGUAUACCUACUAAUUUUACUUCUU